AUGGGUCGAAAGAAGAACCAGAAGGGCCGUCAACAGACCACCGCUGCUCCAGCAGCAGCGGCUCCUAGCCCAACCGUCAACUCCACAGCUCCCCCCGCGCCUUCCGCUAGCGAUCCUCCGGCCAAGACCACCUCAGCGGAUCCGCCAUCCGCACUCCCAGCCGCAGGCGCGCCGUCCGCGGAAGGUCUCCCGUCGAUCAACGUGACCUCCCCUUUCCGCGCCACGGCGAGUCGCGAUUCCAGCGACUCUCACGACGCCGACGUCUUCGUCGAACCGCCGGAGCACUUCAGCGACGGCUCGCGAACUCCGCACGAUGGUAACCGCACUCCCACUUUCGAGGACGCUUCCAGCAAAUUCCCGCUCGAGUCGCCAAUGGCGAACGGUAGUAGCAGCGGCGCCGGGGGCGGCGGAGGCGGCGGGUUCGGCGCGCAGGUGGAGGCGGAGAAGUUGCGGAAGCAGCUGGAGGAGAUGGCGCAGCGGUGCCGGGAGUUGGAGGAGGGGAAGCGCGGAUCGGAGGUUGCGCGGAAGAGCGUUCAGCAGGCGAAGAACGCGCUAGAAAAGGAUCUGGCGGCGGCCGCGGAGAAGACGUCGAAGGCGGAAGAGGCGGCGGCUGCGGGGAAGGCGGAACGCGCGCGCCUGGAUGGGCUGGUGACCGCGGCGGAGGGGGAGAUCGCGCGGCUGAAGGGGGAAUUGGCGGGGAAAGAAGCGGAGGCGGGGAAGGUCCGGAGAGAGAUGGAUCUGGCGAAGAAAGAGGUAGAGGCGUUGAGAGGCGAGAUGAAUGAGAAGGCGAGGGCUCAUGAGGAGACGGUGCGGGCGCUGAAGCAAGAGACGGAGGCUCUCGUGGCAGCGCGAGACGCGGCGAUCAAGGAGAGCGCGGAAGCCCAGGCGAAAUCCGCCGACCUGUUGAAGGCUUCAGCUGAGGCCGCGGGCAGAGUGGAUGAGCUUUCCCGCUCCUUGCAGGCGUUGGAGCAGGACAAGCAAAGCUGGGCGGCAGACCGAGAGAACUGGGCGGCAGAGAAGAGCAGCUGGGCGGAGGAACGGGCGAACUGGGCGGCAGAGAAGGGCAGCUGGGCGGCAGAGCGGGAGACGUGGGCGGCAGAGAAGGCGGCAAAGGAGAAGGAGAGCGGUGAGCGGGAUGAGGGGAGGAGAGAGCUGGAGCAACGCGUGCAGGCACUCGGUGCUCAGCUGGCAGCGGCUGAAGCGGCGAGAAUGGAGGCUGAAACAGCGAGAGGAGUGGCUGAGGCGGCAAAAGCAGAGGCGGAAGCAGCGAGAGCAGCGGCUGAGGCGGCAAGGGCUGAUGCAGAGAAGUCGCUGGCGGGAAAGAAGGGCGAGUCAGACCAGGCCACCAGGGUGGCAGCCAAGGCAGCGGCCCACCUAGCGGAGCUCCAGCAGAGCCUCACGCAGACGCAGGUGGAGCUGGUGCAGGCGCACUCCGCGCUACAAGACAAGGACGCCCAGUUGAAGGCCAAAGACGAGCAGGUCGCAGCUAUGACGGAGCAGAUAAAGGCACUGGAGCAGCGGGUGAAAGCAGCAGAAGAAGAGAUCAAAGCAAGUGCGGAGGAGGCGAGGAGGAAGGAGGAGGAGGCGAGGGAGGCGAGGCGAGAGGUUGAGGCAGUGAAGGGGGAGCUGGGGGCGUUGCAGGGGGAGUUGAAGGCAGCAGCGCGGGAGCUUGCCCAGGCGAAGCAGGAGGCGGGUGCGGGUGGGGAGAGUGCGGGUGGGGAGAGUGUGGGGAGCCGGGUGGGGGAGCUGGAGGCGCGCGUGGAGGCUCUGCUGGGGGAGGUGGCAUCUGCGGUGCAGGCAAGGGAGGAGGUGGAGGGGAAGCUGGCGAGUGGCAGCCGGGAGAAUGCCAGGCUGGCAGAGCUGGCAGCAACCAAGGAAGCAGAGGCCAAAACCAUGUUUCUCCAGCUGGGGCAGGUGCAGCGGGAUAACGCCUCCCUCAGUAGCGACCUGGCGGCGGCUACAGACAAGAUCCAGGAGCUAGUGGCCAAGAAUCGCCGCAUGGAUAAGGACGUGGUAACCGCCGCGGCCGAGGCGGCGUUACGCGAGCAGGCGGAGGGAGCAGGAAGGGGGUGGAGUUCGCUUGCGGUGGUGACGGUGGGUGUUGGGGCUGCGGCUGUGGGGGGGCUUGCUGUCCUGCGACUCAUGGGGCCCCGUGCAUGA